AGAGAGAGUGAGGGGAGAGAAUCUAGAGAGAGAAAGAGCAAGAAGUUGGACUGUUCAGCGAGGAGAGACUUUAGAAGGUGUUGGGCAUCGAAGUCUCUCAAAUUCCAACAGCCAUUUCCGACCGUUUAAUCAGGUUUGUGGCGACGCCUUCUCUCCGCUCCUUUCCGCUAGCUUCAGUUUCCUUCUCCCCAACAAACUCACAAUCUUUACUCUUAAAGCAACGCCGAGGUUGCUUGCACGAUCCCUGAGAGGGAGGAGACCAGCCUCGGUCUUUCUCUUUCCGAGGAGGAAGGAGGGGAGGGAGUCCUCAGUUGGGUUCCUCCCUCUUAGGUUUCUGGUGUUGGGAUCGCCGAAAGGUUGAGAAGCAAUUAGAGGAUUCACAGCACUCAUCCUCAACUCACUUUCAGAAUAACACACACGUGGCAUGCAAUCUUAACUGCCAAAAAUCAAGAUCCUAACCUUCUCCAAAUGGAUGAAGAGGCAACUGAGAGGGGUACUAUCUUAGCAACCCUAGAGGUUAUUAAGCCUAUAGGAGGGGUGAGGAGAACUUCGACAGGAAAAACAUCCCCCAUAGGUUCGCCUUCUUUUUCAAACAGUGAUGAAAAGACUCUUCCUCGCUAUCUCCAAACUUCUAUAAAGUCAUGCCAUGAUUUUUGUAAGUAUGGAAGGAAACAUGAUUUUGAAGGAAAGGAAAAGCAAGCCUUUCUUCACAGAUCAAGAAAUAAUCUUGUCAUAGUUGAAGAGCAAAAUGAGGCAAAAGGUUUGGAUUUUGGAGAAAGAAGGAAGAAACCUGUAAGUAAGCUGAAGUCCUCAUCUAUGCAGAGAAUUGGAUUUCCUGAUAAACCAAAAGCCAUCAAGCAGAAGGCUUUGUCAACAGCCAAGGGACCUGGAUUGUUGGACAAUCCUGUCAACAAGAAGUUGCAGACUUUGUCGCCUGGCCAGAAUAAUGGUGCAUCUAGCAAGCAGGCAAUUCUUUCCCCAUCACCAGAAAAUGAACAUAUCAAGUUAAAAAGCCUAAGUACAGUUGGCAGAAAGGAGAGACAGGCAAUCAAACAGAAGACUCCGCUUCAGUUAAAAACAUUCCUCAACAAGCCCAAAGAUUUGGAGCAAAAGGAUCUGAACUGUGGCAAUGAAGUUGAUGCAUGUGGGAAACCUGGUAGUACCAUGAAGGAAAACACUGUGUUGCUUUCCAAGAAAGGAGUAGCAUCUGUUAAGCCCAAAAUGCUCAGGAAGAUAUCUGUGAAGAAACCCAUGACAUCUGCUAUACCCAUGAUCAUUAAGCAAAAGGUGUCGGUGCCUCCCAAGAGUAUCGGCAUCUCUGCUAAACCUGAAAUCUCUUUGAAGGAAAAGAAGACUCCAGAGGUAAAAUCUGCAUCUACAUUAACUCAUCCAGCAUGUCUGGUGAGUCGAAGGAAUCGGGAGGACAAGAUGACUAUGAGUCUUGGAAUGACAAAAGUUGGAGAAAGGAAAGUAUUGAAGCCAUCAACAGCUUCUUUGCCUACCAAGUCUGCUGCUGAUUGUGUCUCAAACUUGAAAGCAAGGAAAUAUAGGAAUGCGAAGCUCGCUCCUCCUGUGAAGCGCCAAGAAAAUGUUGAAAAAACUGCACAUGAUAGUGGAGAAAAGUUUGAAAAAUCAGAACAUGAUAUUGACAGGAAUGAGGAGAAAAUAUUGUAUGUUAUUGAGCCCAAAGAAGAGAAUGUUGAUUUGGAUUCCGCACAACAAAUAUCUGAUGGCCUCCAGACAUUAGAAUCAAUGUCACAUGAUGAAGAAGAGGCAGAGGAACCUGAAAGUGUGUCUGGAUUUAGUAACUCAAGUGAAUCACUAUUUGAUGAUGUGGGAACUGAAAGCAAAAGCAGCAAUGAACUUUCAAAGGGUGAAGACAGAAGGAGACCACGAAGGACUGCAACUGUUCACCCAGAAGAUGGUAAUCAACCUUCCAAGUUGAAGUUUAGGAGAGGUAGAGUAAUUGAACCUCUGGCUGAGAGCAAUGGACCAAGAAGGCUCAUAUUCAGGAGAGUAAGAGUGGUGGGGGAGAAGCCAAAUGGCAAUCAUCUAGCAGGGAGGAAAAGUUUUAGGCGGAGGAAUGGGAUAGAUGUCUUGAAGGAUCCCAAUGCAGAUGCUCUAGGUGUGGUCCUGAGGCAUCAAGAUACACAGGGGAAGAAAGAGACACAAAGUUUGUUCAAUAACGUGAUUGAAGAAACUGCAAGUAAGCUCGUAGAGACCAGGAAGAGCAAGGUGAAGGCUUUGGUGGGUGCGUUCGAAACUGUGAUCUCUCUCCAAGAUAGCAAACCGGCAUCUACAGCAUAGGUUGGUAGUUAAGUGAUAAGUCUUUCCAUGGAGAUUACUGGAAUGCUCAUGGUCAGACUGCAAUAUAGUAUAUUGUUAAAUAUAACUCAGAAUUUCUUGAAUAUGUAUCAUAAUAAGAUCGACUCUACAAGUAUAUAUAAACUUGGAUUUGUGGAGAGGUUUGUGCAUAUCUGUUAAUGAAGUGGUAACUUGGGUUGAAGAGGUUUGGAGUUUGCAAAAUUUUUCUGCUGUCUUGCGGUAUAUCUUUUGCUGGAAAGGACUUCAUUAUCUUUUA